GCGGAGACCACGUGAUUUGCGCUGACUUAUCGCGAGAUGUGCCCACGUCACUUUUAGCGCGUAGUUUGUUGUCGGCGGAAGAGGUUCUAUCAAAGUUAGAAUAAAGUGUUUAACUCGACUUUAGCACAAAAGAAACUUUCAAAAUUAACAUUAAACUGAGGAAGGAAUACAUAUAGACGAUAUGGCGGCUUAAUGAAACCCUUAUUUUCACUUCUGUGACUUUCAAUAACCAAGUGAAGAGAUGGAGCUUUCUCCUGUUCUCUCUGAGGACAUCAGCUCACAUGGAGGCAUUUUGAAAUCAGACACAGCACACAGGAAAAGAAAAAUCUCAAAGGAUGUGGAGCUGGAUAUUCAGUCCCUGUACAAAGCUGUCCCUCAGCUCUCCAAAGUGUUUCGCAUCACAGACAAAAUUGGAGAAGGCACCUUCAGCUCAGUGUACUUAGGUGAGGCCCAGAUGCGUGACGGGAGGAGAGAGAUGUUUGCACUGAAGCAUCUGAUCCCCACCAGCCACCCGACUCGCAUCGCUGCUGAACUUCAGUGCCUGACUUUGGCAGGCGGCAGGGAGAAUGUGAUGGGAGUGACGUACUGCUUCAGGAAGGAGGACCACGUUGUAAUCGUAAUGCCAUACAUGGAGCAUCAACCUAUUGUGGACAUCAUCGGGUCACUGAGCUACGAAGAGGUCCGUCUGUACAUCUACCACCUGCUGAAAGCCCUGAAACACAUCCAUCAGUUUGGGAUCAUCCAUCGAGACAUCAAGCCAAACAAUUUCCUCUACAACAGGAAGCACAGAAUGUAUGCGCUUGUGGACUUUGGCUUGGCCCAGGGAACCGCUGACUCCCAGAUUGAGCUGCUGAAGGUGAUGAGACAGAGGCCGUCACAGAAAGGUGGAGGGCCGCCAGGGAAACAGGAAGCAGCACAAAGAAGCAGAGCACUUCCUAAAGCCCCUGUUAAGACCACCAGCACCGCUCCAACUUCACUGACUCUACCUCCACAGCAAUCAGUACCUUCUACCUCCUCUUCCUCCUCCUCUGCUCCCCGCAUCACCACACCCCCCCCAGCACCUGGGAAAGCACUGGUUAGAAAAGCACGGGCCACCUCCUACUCUCGAACAAAAUUCACAAAGGAUCUGGCAGGAUUGCGCAGAGUUCCUCGGCCGGUGUUUGGGGAGAGAAAUCUGAACAGCUGCACACCAGCGCCCCCUACCUCUAAGCAUGCAGCUCUUAAGACUGAACUGCUCAAAGCCAAGAAAACAGAGGAUGCAGCCAUCUACAAACACGCUUCAGCCAACCGGGGCCUGGUGUCUGUCAGGAUGUCCAGCAGCAGCCAGAAACCACAUCGGGCCCCUCAGCAGGGCCUCACAUGUAACUGCUACCUCACUGAUCGCGUCUGCAACGUCUGCCUGGCCAGAAAGCAGCAGGUUGCACCCAGAGCGGGGACUCCCGGUUUUAGAGCGCCAGAAGUUUUGACCAAAUGUCCCAACCAAGGCACAGCCAUAGACGUGUGGUCGGCUGGUGUGAUCCUGCUGUCCCUGCUCAGUGGCCGCUACCCCUUCUUUAAAGCCAGCGACGACCUGAUUGCCCUCGCACAGAUCAUGACCAUCAGAGGCUCCAGGGAGACCAUUCGGGCCGCAAAGACAUUUGGAAAAGCAGUGGUGUGCAGCCGGGAGCUUCCUCGCCAGGACCUCAGGACGCUUUGUGAGACGCUGAGAGGACAGAGGUCUUCAGCGGACGUCACCGUGGUUCCAGAAGCAGGUGGAGAGACGUUCACCGCCCACAGAAACACAGGCCAAGAUGAAACUCCAACGCAUUGGCCCAACGGCCCUCAGCUCAACACGCACAAAGGAGAAGUCAGUGAAACUUGCCCAGAACACCACGAACAUUCAGAGAGCAGCAAAGCCCCAACCAAUCAGAGCUCCCCGUCAGAGAGUAAAGUGGGGGAUGAUGAGAAGGGCUGGGACAGGGUUCCUGACGAGGCCUUUGACCUUUUGGAUCUGCUGCUGGACCUAAACCCUUCCACUAGGAUCACAGCUGCUGAAGCUCUGCUGCAUCCUCUCUUUAAGGAUCUGUGACACAGAGUUUCAUACCAGCUGUCAACAGGAUGAGAGCGUGUGGCUCUCCAGGCUGGGAUUAAAUAGUUCACGAUUGUUUAGCAGGGUAAGAGUUCAUAUUAUCUGAGAAGAAGACUUUUAAAUAAAACAUUGCUGUAAAUAAAGUUUAGACAUUUUUCAUGGCAGUCAUGAUGUAGACCUUUGAGUUUUGUUAUGUAGUUUGAAAACUUUCAUAUCAACAUUUGAGGGCUUUUAAUUUGAAAUAAUUGGUUACCAUGCAAGUGCUUUGACUGAUUUCUACUGGGUUAGCUGCGGUCAUUAAUGGUAUUUAUUUAUAAGGAAAUGUCUCCUUUUUUGUAAUAAAGUCUGGCUCUCAGAUCACUGCACCUCCUGCUUUUUGCAACCUGAAACAAUAGAGCCAUGCUCCUUCAACUUGAAACUAACCACCAGAACUGCAUGUGCCAUAACCAUCCUAUAGGAACGUCUGUUCUAAAGCAGACGUUUGAGUUAGAACCUAUGCAAACACAUCUAGUAAUCGGUGGAAAAUGACAUCUGAGAAACUUAGAAUUUUUGUAGUUGUCACAAAUCCUUGCAUGAUUCUUGGUUGGUGGUGCUUAUAUGAACUCUCCAAAAGCUUGAAAUCAACUUUUUUUGGUGGUAAACUGUCUAAAUAUGUUUUGAAGUGUGCUAUCUUUGUUUGUGUGAAUUUAAUUUAGCCUAAAACCAUCUCAGAUCUGGUCUCCUGAGGUUGAAUAGUGGCCAAUGGAAUUUUCCUAUUGGUUACAGCGACUCCACAGCUCUGUGGAGUCGCUCUGUGUCUGAGAUAUAAAACCAUCUCAGACACACGCCCCCUAGUGGAGAGUCAGGAGAUAGAAUUGCGAGCGGGACAGAGAUCUGCUGUCUCCAAAAUAAAUAAAUAAAUAAAUAAAGUCUAGAUUUGUUGGUAGUUAGUCCAAAGAUGUCCACUUUUGUCAUUUCUGAAUUUAAAAGCAAGAAAUUUAGUUAUCUAAGUUUGUCUUUUCACAAGACAUUCCUGUAAUCUACAUAACUGUAUUUUAUUUAUUUAUAUAUAGCACAAGAACCCUGUGGUACUCCAAAAGUAAUCCUACUGUCUAUUGAAUGAACAGCAUGAAUUGACAUUCAUACCAACAAUAAAUGUAAGUAAAAAUCUAAACAAGACUGUUUGUAAUGACCUGACAUAAAACUCACUGGGCCUAAUGGAAACAUCUUCAGACUUUGCUAAUAUAUGUAUAAAAAUGGUGAACUAUUACAUAGUAAUAAAACCACAGAUUGAA